GCAUUAUUGCUUUUUUGGUUUCGUCGACUCCUCAGGACUAGUCCGGCUAUUGUUGUGUGUCUUUCGGGCCAGCACUGACCUCUCAGCAGGCGGUGAUUUGGGGCUAUUUUAACUGUUUUGCUUAGCGGUUCCGCCGCCAUAUUAAGCAGUGUGUGUCAGCUGGCGGUGUGUCCCAGUUUUAACGGAAUAUAAAGGAUCCUAGCGGAGGAGUUUGGGCUGAUGAAGUAGUUAAUCGGUAUGGGACAGACGGAAGACUGAGAUUCCACGUUGGUGAGACAGCUUUUGUCGGCGGUUUUCCUCUUCUUGGGACGUGGAAUAAAAACGUGAGGGGAAAAAUAAAGAUCACGGGACGUAUGUAGUCGAAGUACAACACUGUUAAGGUUGCUUUUAAGGCUUGAUGAUGGGUUGUGUCAGGAGUAAAGAGGACAAGGGCCAAGUGCUGAAGUACAGACCCGACAACUCAAAUGCCACACCGCCCAAUGCCCAACUGGGACACUACGGGCCUGAUCCCACCCUGAUAGGUCAUUCGCCAGCUAUGAAGACACACAACAACAGCUACAACAGUCAUGCUGCUGCCCUCACACCAUUUGGUGGAGCGUCUUCAGCGAUGACGCCAUUCGGUGGCGCCUCCACUUCUUUCACCUCAGUGGCUGUGAGCAGUCCCUUCCCCAGUGUCGUCACAGGUGGUGUAACGUUUUUUGUAGCACUGUACGACUAUGAAGCGAGGACGUCAGAUGAUCUGUCAUUUAAAAAAGGGGAUCGCUUCCAGAUUAUCAACAACACGGAAGGCGACUGGUGGGAGGCUCGCUCCAUCAACACUGGACAGAAAGGUUACAUCCCCAGUAACUACGUGGCCCCAGCUGACUCCAUCCAGGCGGAAGAAUGGUACUUUGGUAAAAUGGGCCGUAAAGAUGCGGAGCGCUUGUUACUGCUUCCAGGGAACCAGCGGGGCACUUUCUUGGCCCGAGAGAGUGAGACCACCAAAGGUGCCUACUCUCUUUCUAUCCGGGACUGGGAUGAGGUGAAAGGAGACAACGUCAAACACUACAAGAUUCGAAAGCUGGAUAACGGCGGUUAUUACAUCCCCCCUCGGGCCCAGUUUGAGACGCUACAGAAGCUGGUGAAACACUACACAGAACACGCGGACGGUCUGUGCUACAGGCUGACAACUGUGUGCCCCACAGUGAAGCCUCAGACUCAGGGACUAGCUAAGGAUGCCUGGGAAAUCCCACGAGAGUCCCUCCGGCUGGAAGUCAAACUGGGCCAGGGCUGCUUUGGAGAAGUCUGGAUGGGCACAUGGAACGGCACUACUAAGGUGGCAAUCAAGACCCUAAAGCCAGGCACCAUGUCCCCGGAGGCCUUCCUACAGGAGGCCCAGAUCAUGAAGAAACUCCGGCAUGACAAGCUGGUGCCCCUCUAUGCUGUGGUGUCUGAGGAACCCAUCUACAUUGUUACCGAGUUUAUGGACAAAGGUAGUCUGCUGGACUUCCUGAAGGAGGGAGAUGGGAAAUAUCUGAAGCUGCCCCAGCUGGUGGACAUGGCUUCACAGAUCGCAGACGGUAUGGCCUUCAUCGAGAGGAUGAACUACAUCCACAGGGACCUGAGAGCUGCCAACAUUCUGGUGGCUGACAACCUGGUGUGUAAGAUCGCAGACUUUGGCCUGGCUCGGCUCAUCGAGGACAACGAGUACACCGCUAGACAAGGAGCAAAAUUUCCCAUUAAGUGGACGGCACCUGAAGCUGCUCUAUAUGGCCGCUUCACUAUCAAGUCGGACGUCUGGUCAUUUGGUAUACUACUGACUGAACUGGUGACCAAGGGCAGAGUACCGUACCCAGGUAUGGUGAAUCGAGAGGUGCUUGAGCAGGUGGAGCGUGGCUACCGAAUGCCCUGCCCCCAGGGCUGCCCCGAGUCCCUUCAUGAGAUGAUGAGGCAGUGCUGGAAGAAGGAGCCAGAUGAGAGACCCACAUUCGAGUAUAUCCAGUCCUUUUUGGAAGACUACUUCACAGCCACAGAGCCACAGUACCAGCCAGGAGACAACCUUUAGUCUGGUAGAUUUUAUGGCAAAAUGUGGCACUACAGAGGUACAUCAGUGGAGAUCAAAAACACGGGACAACAGAGGUUCAACAAGGCUGUAAAUGCUGUGCUGAAGGUGCAGAGAAAGAUUUUACGAACUAAUUCACAACCACACUGACAUACUGUACCUGCAAACGCAAGAAGAAAAUGUUUUGUGAAGUUGAGGUUUGUCCCUUGUGUACCUGGGGACCAGAUAUCUGAGAAGGUAUCCAAGCGUGCUGAUGGUGGUCGGUACGGAAACCUCUGGGAGCCCUACUAGUCAGAAUAACCACAUCACUGUGAUCAAAAACAGAUGGAUUUUCCCAAGUUCAAAUCUACUUGUAGAGGCACAAUUUUAAUUCUUUUAAAUGAUAAAUUUCCUCAUCUGCUCCGGUUUCACAUUUUUAUUAUAUUUUUCAAACAUAAUUCUUUUGUUAUUCUUAAGUGACCAACAGCUGUGGCUAAAUCAUCAAGUGUGUGCUGUGACCGUAACGCUUUGAUGGAGAAGAGCGAGGUGAGGUAGAUGGAAAAGGUGUGCUGUAUGGCUGCAGAGCAUGUAUAAAAUGUCAUUUUUAUGUGAUCAGGUGGAUGAAUGAAAAUAUGAAAGUGAUUUAUAUGACUCUUUUUAACAUGGUCACUUCAAUAGCAAAUCAGUUUAUUAUGCUUUUACUUUUUUCCAUUUAAACUGGGACUUGAAAUUGUAAAGAUGUAUUUUGAUCAUUUACAAGUGCAAAAACAGUUCUCCUGUUUAACAUUUCUAAAUGUUUUGAACAUUUCAGCUGUGAAAUCUGAGAGAUUGUUUCAUGUCUGUCUGAAAUUAGCAUCUUGUUUUUUUUUUUUUUGUUGGGUGCACAGCUCUUUGCUUUAAACUGUCUCUAAAUUAAUUCUCAACAUUUGCAUUCAUCUACACACUAACAGUGCAGUAGAUGGGUCAUCUGGCACAAGAAACAGAUUUAUUAAAUACAUAUCAUCGGCUGUAGUAUUUGUUUCUUCUCAGUCAAGUCCCACCAGUCUAUGACUAAACAGGCCUGCAAUGUCCUUAGUUGUGUGUCUGCUGGAGGGAAUGUUAUCCAAAGCCAACUACACUAAAUACAAAUCUUAAUUUGUGAAUGCAGCUUUGCAGAGUCAUCCAGAUUGGUUCUAAUGGUGUUUGCCUGUGCAGAGCUCCCCUUAUGGUUUUCUAAUUUCCAUUUCUCCAGUUGUAGAGAUGACGGAUCACUUCCGGAGCAAAGUAGAGCCGGGCAACGCAAACACCUUACACACACUGUGGUCUAGACAGGACUUUCGUGCUUUUGCAGAGACUGGGAAUAGAAAUGUUUUUAGAGGUACUUCCACUGUCUGUCCAGCUGUGUGUGAUGAGAGAUUUUAGAUGUACUUCAAUAACAAAGCUUAAGGGACAGACAAAGAUGUGAACUUUUUUUUUUUUUUCCUGUGCGUCACUCAUGAAAAACUAAUAUGUAAUUGUUCCCAAGGAUGGGGACUUGGAACUAGUGCGGAAAUAGUGAAUAGAGAGAAUGGCAACUCAUAUGAUUUUGUACAGAAAAAAUAAAAGUUUUACU